UUGUCAACAAGGCUGCAGAGAUUGCUCUCAAGCUAGUCUGGAAGAGAAACUUCAACCACUUUUUCUGUAGCGUUAAGUUAAACGCGUAACCUUUAUUUUGCACUACACCUUGAUGGAACACAACAGACACAUUCGAGCUAUUUCGUAGCAAGUAUGAGCUAACAUGAGUGGGCCUACUGAGAGUAGCAGUCCAGCGCCCUCUGCUGCUGAGGAAGAGGAUGACGUGGCCAGUGAUGAAGAGCAGCAGCAGCAGCCGAUUGGACAGGGGGCAGGACAGAACGACGAUGCAGAGCAGCUGAUUGGACAGGGGGCCGGGCAGAGUGACGAUGCCGAGCUGGGAUUGGACGAGGAGCUGGAGCCCAUCUCUGCUCUGGCGCCUGAGGGCGGGGCUUCACAAGAUGACCCCGCCCACUCUCUUGCCAGCCCGGUUUUUCAAUGGCUCGAUGAGCUCCUCUCUGCAGGGACUAUCAGUGGGGCUCAGGCAGCGAACCUGAAGGCCAGCUUCACUCUCCUGCAGGAUACACUCAAGAGUUGCCAGGACGCGGAGCUGCGUGCGUUGCAGGAGUGUAAGCGUCUGCGUGCGGAGGUGUCUUCUUCGCGGGUGGACGAUGACAGCGAGGGGGGGUCAGCGGCCGCGGCAGGGGUGGGGGUGGGUGUGGGGGGAGGUGCAGUGGGAGCAGCAGAGGGCACCACCUCCUCUUCCACCACCUCCUCCUCGGACAACGAGACCAAACGCCUCAGGCAGCAACUCCUCACCAUCCUCAACGACCUCAAGCAGAGAGAGGAGACGCACACACACCACACACACACCAUCGAGUGCCUUCGAGAGGAGAAGAAGCAGCUGGAGAAAGACUAUGAGACUCAACCCAAACCUGUGGAGUUGGAGAAGCAGGCCAAGAGUCUGCGUGAGAGCUGUGAGGAGCUGCGCAAGGAGAUCUCACAGCGCCGCCUGGAGGCCCGGAGUCUAACUGAGGACGUGGAGGCGCGCAAGAGAAACACGGUCAAGGACCAGCGGCAACUAGACAUGGACAAGGAGGUUAUAGAGAGACACGAGGCUGAACUGGCUCAGCUGUUGGCGGUGCCUUGUCAACUGGGGAAGGAGAUUGAGAGGAUCAACCGGAAGAAAGCGGAGGUGCUGGUGCGCCAGGCGGCUGUGGAGGAGCAGCUGUGUGCCCUGUGUGCUGAGAGGAGACGCGUGCAGGAGCGAAGCGUUGGAGUGGAGCAGGAGCGCAGAGAGGUACUGAGGGAGCUGGAGGGGAGACGCACGCAGGUGGAGGCGGUCGAGAAGGAGCACGCUCUACUCCUCAAGGAGCACCUCCUGUACAAGGAGAAGGAGGUCAUACUACUGGGACACAGGGGACAUUCUGAGGAGCACCUCCUGUACAAGGAGAAGGAAGUCAUACUACUGGGACACAGGGGUGUGCAGGACAUUUCUCUGAGCCAGGUGGCGAGCGAGCAGAAGCGUGUGUGUGAGGCCCUGGCGCGCGGCGUGCGGGAGAGAGACAGGCACCUGAAGAGCAUCAAGAAAGCCGAGCUCUCACUACGCCUCGCUCAGGACGCACUCACACACACACUGGCCCUACACCUCAAGACCAAGGCUGAGAGGGAUAAUCUGCCGGAUGGUGAGGGGGCGGUGCAGAAGAGGAAAGAGCUGCAGAAGGAAGUCAACAAGCUCAAACGAAGCCUCCUGUACCAGCAGUCUGUGGCGAACGUUGAGACGCAGCUGGUUGAGCAGGCUCUUCAGCAGGAACAGGAGAUGGUCAAGGAGACUCAUCACCAGAGAGAGGAGAUACGACACCUGGUCUGUCUAGCACAGAUCAAGGCAGAUGAGAGAGACCAGAAGAGCAGAGAACUGCUACGAGCACAGGAACGCUACAGCCACAUCAAGGAAGAGUUGAGGGCCAAAGACCUGAUCAUCCAGGAGCACAAGAAACAGAACAUGGAUCUGCAGGGCAGGCUGGGUGUGUUUGCCAAGAUGUACGAGGUGAUCAAGGGCGAGCGUAACAAGUGUGUGCUGCUGAUCCAGACGGCUAACAGACGCCUGACGGAGAUGAAGGAAAAUAUGAAGAUCCUGGAGAACGAGCUGGACAUACUACACACCACCGCAGGCAAUAAAGACAGGCUGCUCCAGAAGUGUGCGUUGCGUCGUACACACGCCCAGACGGUGCGCGAGGCUCUUCGUAAGGACAUGGGCAAGAGUGUACUCCUCCAGAAGUGUGCGUUGCGUCGUACACACGCCCAGACGGUGCGCGAGGCUCUUCGUAAGGACAUGGGCAAGAGUGUGUGUAUGCUGCAGGAGCUCGGCACGCAGCGCGAGGAGCAGAAGCUCAGAAUAGGACGCCUCACACACCUCAUCAACGCACACGAGACCCAGCUGCUACACACACGCAAGGCCUACGACACCGCCGUGCAGGCACGCAACGACAGGGGUGUUCAGCUUCUGGAGCGUGAGGAGGAGGUGUGUAUCUUCUAUGAGAAGCUGAAUGUGCAGGAGAGAGUGGAGAGAGAGGCCAGCGUGGAGCUACAGGAACUGGAGGAGGAGGCUCGCUUCUGUCACAUGGCCAUCAAGGAGGAGCAUCGCCUGCUGCUAUUGGCUAAGAACCAGCUGCCCAAUAAGAGCAGGCUGGAGGAGGAGAGCACCAUGCUGCAGAUACAGUUGUCGGAGUGUAAGGACCGUAUCGGUGCUCUGGAGCGAUCUCUGGAGGAUCCCACUCAGCCAAGCAGAGUCCGAGAGCUGGAGGGGUCCGACCCAACACCCCUCGAACUCAUGAAGAAGAUAGAGGAGCUGGAGAGGCGUGUGUGUGAGCGUGAGGAGCAGCUGCUUGAGCGGGAGCUGGUGCUGGAGCAGGUGGGACGACUCUGCCAGCCAAUCAGAGCCAAGGCUGCCAACGGCAAGCAGGACACACUCAAACUGGCCAAGAAGAUGAGUCGUCUGCAGGAGCGUAUCAAGGAGUCGACCAACAGCAUGAUGGCUCUGGUGGCGGAGUUGUCCAUGCGCCAGGCGGGCACUAGGACCCUGCAGCAGGAGGCUCUGGAGCGGGAGCAGGAGUUGGACACCUGCCUACGCCGCGUAGAGCAGGGGCUACCCCCCUCCGAACACACACACACACAAUGGAUAUCAGAACUCAGGCAGCAGAGGAGGAGAGACAAGGAGCAGAGGGAGAAGGCACAGGAGAAAGAGGAGCAGUUUGUGUUCACCACGGCCCCGUCUCGGCCCAACGCCUACAUCCCCGCCGGCGACAACCUGCCCCUCUCCCGACCCUACGGCAGCCACCCGCCAUUCAUGCCCAGCCAAUCAGGAGCCAGCAUGAGGCACAUACGCAAACCACAGCCCAAACCCAUACAGAUAUAAUAAUAUAACACACACACACACACACACACACACACACAAACCCAUACUGAUACAAUACACACUAAUAUACACACACACACACAUGCACACACACACACACACACACACACACACACGAGAAGAGAAGUGUGGCGAUCUCACCAAUUUGUCAGAACACACCCCUAAGUAUUCUCCCCACUCCAUCAAACACACACAUACACACCCUCUAGUGCUGCACUGUCCCGACACCUCUCACACACACACACACACACACUCACACUGUCUUAUCACGCACACACUCCCCCUCCAACACAACAAUAUCUGCACACACCUCAGACACACACACACACAUUUCAUAAAUCCCUGAUAAAGGAGGGAAAUGUUGCCAAAUCUUAGGUGCACCUCGACACACACACCUCAAGAUACUCGCUCACACACACACACACACACACACACACGCUCUUCAGUGAAUCAUGAUAAGCGAUAGGGAGGAAGGUGUUGCUGUGUGUUUUGGCAUUCAAUGGACUCUGUCAGGCACCGCUGGGAUGAAGUUUCCUUUUAUUUUAUUAAAGCUGUACACUCAAGUGAA